AUGGAAGAGGAAAAAGCGGCAGCUUACUACGACGAGCUCACGCGUAAAGGAGAAGGAGCUGCUCGUUUCAAGCAAGGCCUCGGCUUUUCCUCCGGAGCCAACACCGUUCCGGCGAGAGGAUCGGCGAUCGCAUCCUCCUCUUCGUUUAUCAAUCAGUUCGUCAAAGCUUCUUCCAACCCUAAAUCCACCGAAAAUAACGAAAACGAUUCCGAGAUCCGAUCGAUCAGAGAUAAAUCAAAGAAGAAGAAGCCUGAAGACCAGCAAUAUCUCAGGGUUCCGGAGAGGAGCUACAGAGAAUCGAGCGAACGGCGUCGUUAUCGGAGUAGAGAGAGGGAUGAGAGAGAGAGAGGAUAUAGAAGGAGAAGCAGGAGCAGGAGUGCAGAGAGGCGUAGUAGGUAUGAGAGAGAUAGAGAAAGACGAAGGAGGAGGAGCCGGAGCAGGAGCUCGUCGCCGAGGAGGGAACGUAGGAGGAGCGAAGAUGAGAGAAGAGGAAGGAGGGGAGAAGAUGUCAAGGAGAAGAAGAUUGAUUACUCGCGGCUAAUCAAAGGCUACGAUGAUAUGUCGGCUGCUGAAAAAGUGAAGGCCAAGAUGAAGCUCCAGCUUGAUGAAACUGGAGACUGCGUUGGGGUAUUCUGGAUUUGUCUAAGCUCUGUAUCUCUUGGCAUUGAAGAUGCCAUGUACGUUACUCUCUUACUCCUGAGAGAUGACUUUCCCGAACUUUUCCCUAUCUGUAAAUCAAAGCCUUACUCGGUGUUUAGUGACCUAGAUCUUCAUAGCAACUGUGCAUCUGAGAAAGAUACCAGUAAGGGUGCAGGAUGGGAACGAUUUGAGUUUGACAAAUAUGCUCCACUUGAUGAUGAGGAAGUAGAAGAAGGUACCGAUGAUGACGCUGCCUUAGUCAAGCGCAUGGGACAGAGCUUUAGGUUUAAUGCCAUCGAGGCGAAAAGGGAAGAGCAACUAAAAGCUGCCCACGAUGAAGCCAUGUUUGGAGUACCCACAGGCCAAACUCUUACUGCUAACACCGAGGAUGAUGUUUUAGAGACAAGUAAUGUAAAGGACGUUGAAGGAGAAAGCAACAAUGGCACGGCAAGUCUUCUUAGCGAAAAGGUGCUGGCAAAACAGCAAGGAUCUUGGCGUGACAGAGCUCGCAAGUCAUGA